CACUACCCCGAGUCCAAUGUCCAACCCAUGCACCGGCACGGGUGUGCGACCUGCCGCGGACACCGAAAUGCCGGUAGCCGAACGGCCGAACAAGUCUGACCCUGCCCGCCGCCCACCAGACGCAACAACGUCACCGUCUCCUCCCCUCGCUCUCCACCCAUUUAUAUACGCCUCUGCGCCCGCGCGCGAUUUCGUCCAAGAAACGCAGCCCACCCACCAACCACCACCAGAUGCCGACGCCUAGCGAUCAUGCGCGGCCCUCGCUGCUCGCCGCGCUCCCGCUGCUGCUGCACCUCCUCCUCCCGGCCGCUGCUGCGCAGCCGGACGCGUCGCGGGACAAGGUUAACGGCGGGGGCGGGGGCGUGCCGACCCAGCCUCCCGGCUUCAGCGCGCCCAUGGUCGUGCUCCUCGUGGCGCUCAUCGUUGCCUUCUCCUUCAUCGGCUUCUUCUCCGUGUACAUGCGCCGGUGCGGCAGGGGCGGCUCCUCCACAGGCCCCGCCAUCCCGGCCGCCGCGCUGCUCGCGCUGUCGCGGCAGGAGCAUCGGAACCAGCAGCAGCGCGGGCUCGACCCCGCCGCGGUUGCGUCGUUCCCCACUAUGAGGUACGCCGAGGCAAGGGAGCUCCGGGUCGGCGGCAAGGACGCCGCGCUCGAGUGCGCGGUUUGCCUCAGCGAGUUCGAGGACGACGAGGAGCUCCGGUUCCUGCCCAGGUGCACCCACGCCUUCCACCCGGACUGCAUCGGGGAGUGGCUCGCCGGCCACGUGACCUGCCCCGUCUGCCGGUGCAACCUUGACCCCGAGGAGCUCGCCGCGGCUGAAACGAACAGCUCCGGCGCCGAGGGGGAUGCGGAGCAGCAGCAAGAUCAGGUGGCCAUCGACGUGAGCCGCGAGGGCGCCGAUGAGGAGGAGGAGAGAAGGAGGGAGGCGAUGGAGCUGGAGCGGAUUGGGAGCCAGCGCCGCGCGGUGCGGUCCAGGUCGGGGCGGCCGCUCCCGCGGUCGCACUCGACGGGCCACUCCCUCGCCACGCGGCUGGACGGCGACCUCGAGCGGUUCACGCUGCGGCUGCCGGAGCACGUGCGCAGGGGGAUGGUCGCCGCAGCGGGCGAGGGGAGCCUGCGCCGCACGGGGCCACGGGAAGGCCGCGGCGGCGGCGGCGCCAGGAGCGCGCGGCUGGGGCGGUCGGACCGGUGGCCGUCGUUCAUCGCGCGGACUUUCUCCUCGAGGGUCCCGUUCUGGGCGGCUGCGUCGAGGAGGGCGCUGGACGCGGAGGCCGUCGACGGGUCGGCGCCGCGCGCGGCGGCCGCGAGAACCAAGCGUGAAAAGACGGCCGUCGCGGCGGACGGCUCCGUGAUCUCAGCCAAAGGGAGCGUGCGCUUCGACUGCCUUGGCGUCGGCAGCGGCGGCGCCGCCGUCUCAGGUGCGAGAGUUGGCGCCGCGGCGGGCGACAGCGAGACGGAGGAUGAGGAGAAGGCGAUCGCCCGGCAAGUUUGAGCGCGGAAAGUGGGAUCCGCGCCGCGCAUGUGCUGUCGUCCACUUGCUCCACGCGUUCAAACGGCAACGCACUUACGUGUUCGCGGAUCAUUUCGUAGAGACUCAGAAAUCAACGCGUGGCGAGGGGAUUGGGAUUGAGAUUGAUUGAGAUUGAGAUCGAGAUCGAGAUGCGUUAUUGCUUCUCGGUCCAUCGCUUUGCGAUGCUAGACGAAGCAACUGGCAAGGCACCGCUGAAACGAAAAUGCACUGCUAAAAUGACGCAGUGGGGGUGAGGUGCUUUAUCCACGCCAUUUAAUUUUGUCUCGAGACAUGUGCAGUGCAUAUAGGGCAUGUGUAUUGUAUAAAAAUGUCAGUGCAAAAUAAGUGGUGAGAUAAGCCAGCUGACGCGUAUGCUAUUUGCUGCUAAAACCAUGAUUCCAUUCAGAUAAGGAUGGUUAGUUUCUUUU